GUGUCGUUUUAGUAACCCUAAAAUCUAAAGUAAAAGGAAUUGCAACCGCCUGUGCUCUAAGUCGCUCGCUAUUAUUCAUGUGCCAGAGAAAGAAGCUGAAUUGGUACCCUCAAACUGUCACUUGAGACUAACGCAUCUUAUUUCAAUCUCUAAGAGGGCUUCUCAGAUUUCUGUUCUGGUGUAAAGAUGUCAGGGAGGAAAGAAACAGUACUGGAUUUGGCAAAGUUUGUGGACAAGGGUGUUCAAGUCAAGCUCACUGGUGGUAGACAAGUCACAGGGACUCUGAAGGGAUAUGAUCAAUUGCUAAACCUUGUCCUGGAUGAAGCUGUGGAAUAUCUAAGAGUUAAUUUCAUUGCUUCUAAUUUGAUGGCAGACCCUGAUGAUCCUUUGAAGACAACUGAUCAGACCAGGCGCCUUGGACUAAUAGUAUGUAGGGGAACUGCAGUGAUGCUUGUAUCUCCAACCGAUGGUACAGAUGAAAUCGCUAACCCUUUUAUCCAGCAAGAUGGGGCUUAGACUAUCUUCUGUUCAUUUCUCAAAGCUGCUAACUUUGGAUCUUUAUGCUAUUCUAGCUUGUACUUGCUCUAAAUUUACUUUGCUCCGCCAACUGCUGUAAAAAUAGUUAUGCUAGUCCUUCAAAUUUCUGUACCAUGCGGCAUUUUAAAACCUUGGUUAUAAAAUUUCAAUACAGUUUUAGCUCUCUAACAAUUUUAAUUA